AUGUUAAAACAAGUUACUUGUUUAAAUAAAUCAUCAACAAUUAAAAAUGUUAACAAAUCAUUAAUCAGAUCAUUAUCAUCAAAAUCAACCAUUUCAUACAACAACAAACCAAAAUCAACAUCAUCAUAUAUUCCAAUAAUAAAUCAACAUGCAAAAUAUUCAACAAAAUCGACUGUUAUACAAUUAUUAAAUAAUAUUGGUUCAAAAAGAGAAGUUGAACAAUAUUUAAAAUAUUUCACUUCAGUAAGCUCCCAACAAUUUGCAGUUAUAAAAGUUGGAGGAGCAAUUAUAACUCAACAAUUAGAUGAAUUAGCUUCAUGUUUAGCAUUUUUAUAUCAUGUUGGUUUAUAUCCAAUUGUUUUACAUGGUACAGGACCACAAAUUAAUGAAUUAUUAGAAAAUGAAGGUGUAGAACCAGAAUAUAUUGAUGGUAUAAGAAUCACUAAUCCAAAAACAAUGGAAGUUGUUAGAAAAUGUUUUUUGGAACAAAAUUUAAGAUUAGUUACAGCUUUGGAAAAAAUUGGUGUCCAUUCAAGACCAAUCACUGCUGGUGUUUUCCAAGCUGAAUAUUUAAAUAAAGAUAAAUAUGAUUUAGUUGGUAAGAUUACAGGUGUAAACAAAUCACCAAUUGAAGCAGCUAUAAGUGCUGGUUAUUUACCAAUUUUAACCAGUUUAGCAGAAACUUCAAGUGGUCAAUUAUUAAAUGUUAAUGCUGAUGUUGCAGCUGGUGAAUUAGCAAGAGAAUUUGAACCUUUAAAGAUUGUUUAUUUGAACGAAAAAGGUGGUAUUAUAAAUGGUAAUACUGGUGAAAAAGUUUCAAUUAUAAAUCUUGAUGAAGAAUAUGAAGAUUUAUUAAAAGAAAGUUGGGUUAAAUAUGGUACAAAAUUAAAAAUCAAAGAAAUUCAUGAUUUAUUACAACAUUUGCCAAGAUCUUCAUCAGUUGCUAUUAUUGAUGUUGGUGAUUUACAAAAAGAAUUAUUUACUGAUUCAGGUGCUGGUACAUUAAUUAGAAGAGGUUAUAAAUUAAUUAAUAGAAAUUCAUUAAAAGAAUUUGGUAAUCCAGAUUUGUUGAGAACUGCAUUAUUAAGAGAUCCAGAAAUCAAAUCUGGUAAAUUAUCAGUUGCUUCAUAUUUAAAAAUUUUGGAAUCAACAAAUUUCAAAAGUUAUGGUGAUGAACCUUUGGAGGUAUUAGCUAUUGUUUUAACUGAGGAGAACAAAGUUCCAAAAUUAGAUAAAUUUUUAUCAUCAAAGACUGGUUGGUUAAAUAACGUUACUGAUAAUAUUUUCAACUCAAUCAAAAAAGAUUUUAAAUCAUUAUGUUGGAUAGUUGAUGAAAAUGAUUCAAAUUUAUCUUGGUAUUUUUCAAAAUCAGAUGGCUCAUUUGCUAAAAAUGGUCAAAUAUUAUUCUGGUAUGGUUUAAAAACUCCAGAAGUCAGUGAAUUAAUAAAAGAAUUUGAUAACUCAUCAAUUAUUGGUUCAUCGUUGUCUUCAAAUAAAGAAUCAGGAGUGUUCUCAACUAAGCAACAAAAAAGAGGUCUUCACACCACCCAAAGAAGAACCUUAGCUACUUCAACAACUAAUCCAAAUCCACCAAUUAGACAAGGUUCAAAUACAGAUAAGAAAAAAGUUGCAUUGAUUGGAGCAAGAGGUUAUACAGGUCAAAAUUUAAUAAAAUUAAUUGAUAAUCAUCCAUACCUUGAAAUAUCUCAUGUAUCAUCAAGAGAAUUAGAAGGUCAAAAAUUGAAAGGUUACAAUAAGGAUAAUAUUAUAUAUUCAAAUUUACAACCUGAAGAUAUUAAAAAACUAGAAGAAAAUGGAGAAGUUGACAUAUGGGUUAUGGCAUUACCAAACGGUGUGUGUAAACCAUUUGUUGAUGUAAUUGAUUCAAUAGGUAACCCAAAAUCCAAAAUUAUAGAUUUAUCAGCAGAUUAUAGAUUUGACACAACAGGAGAUUGGGUUUAUGGUUUACCAGAAUUGAAUGAUCGUCAAACUAUAGCUGAAGCCAAAAAGAUCUCAAAUCCAGGUUGUUAUGCAACUGCUGCUCAAGUAGCUAUUGCACCAAUAUUAGAAUACGUUGAUGGUAAACCAAGUGUAUUUGGAGUAUCAGGUUAUUCAGGAGCUGGUACAAAGCCAUCACCAAAAAAUGAUGUUGAAAAUUUAUCAAAUAAUUUAAUACCAUAUUCAUUAACUGAUCAUGUCCAUGAAAGAGAAAUUUCAUCACAAUUAGAUCAACAAGUUAAUUUCAUGCCUCAUGUAGCACAAUGGUUUCAAGGUAUAUCACACACCAUCAAUAUCCCAAUCAAAAAAUCAUCAUUAACAUCUAGAGAGAUUAGAAAUAUUUAUCAAGAUAGAUAUCAAGGAGAACAAUUAAUAACAAUAAGUGGAGAAGCACCUCUCGUAAAAGACAUAAGUGGUAAACAUGGAGUUGUUAUUGGUGGAUUUGCAGUCAAUUCUCAAGAAGAUAGAGUUGUUAUCGUUGCUACAAUUGAUAAUUUAUUAAAAGGAGCUGCUACUCAAUGUUUACAAAAUAUUAAUUUAGCUUCUGGUUAUAACGAAUAUGAAGGUAUUCCAAAUGAUACAGUUAUUAGAGGUUAG